UUCUCUAGUCGCAUUUAAACCGGUAUUAUUCGACAAAGAUAAGACAUGGUCACGAACUAUUUAAUCAAAACACCGAGGUCUCGAACCAUCACUUUCUUUGGUGCCCAACAAUGUUCUGGUUGACAAUUUCGUGUGUUGCUGGCGUCGCCUUUGGGCAGCUUCCCAAUUAUCCCGUACUGACCGAGGCAGUGGACCCGGGCAAUUAUCCCUCACUGACCGAGGCAGUGGACCAGGGCUUCCGCCUGUCUGACCUCAAUCGCGAUGGCAUUUUACAGAUGUCCGAGCUGGAGGCUUGGUGGCAGACUCAAGAUUUGAACCAUGACAACCAAUUGACCGUGGAAGAGGUCAUGAAAGCUUUAAACUAUGACAGAUAUACCGUUCAGACAAUCUUCUUCGACAUCUAUGACCAGGACGGGGACGGAAAGAUCCCACACUCCUUCAUUGUGGAUUAUGUCCAUAUGCUCGACCACAACGGGGAUGGUCAGAUUACCCUGAAGGAGUAUGAACAGUUCACGGUAUCUAUUGCGGUGUGUUUGUCCGGGGAUGGAAACCAUGGAGACGGAGCCAACUGCAGUUACUUAGAUCCCAUGUUGAAUGAAAAAAUAAAUACCUUGUCAUACAAAUAAGCAAACGUUGGUUUUAAAUGUCUUUAUGUCUAGCCACGACAAAUUAAAAGAAAUACACAAA